UGCCUUCCGUUCUUCCUCAGACCGUUACUCACCCCGAGAAACGCGUCAUCUGGACUAUCUUUCACAGUUUUGUGUUGAUGUUCGUUAUAUCGACGGUCCUAACAACGUUGUUGCCGAUGCAUUGUCCCGCGCUCAUGUGAAUCAACUGUCAUCGACACCCAUCGACUUGGAGAGAAUAGCGGCCGCCCAAAACGAUGAUCCUGAGCUCGUUCAACUUCGUUCAAACUCCUCAUUGAAAGUCACCCAACUGCCUGUACUUAACUCUGACAUAAGAGUUUACUGUGAUCUUUCAACCGGUAAGCCUAGGCCGUUUGUCCCAUAAUCAUUCCGCCGAACCAUUUUUGAUCAUUUUCACGGUUUUUCACACCCAAGUAUCCGCUCCACCGUAAAACUCAUUACCGACCGCUUCCUCUGGCCCAAUAUGCGUUCAGACAUUAGACAGUGGGCGAAACAUUGCCUUAGUUGCCAGACUAGUAAAGUGCAUCGUCACACAGUCACCACCCCAGGUACAUUUUCACUCCCUGACGCUCGUUUUAGACACGUGCACCUAGAUAUUGUUGGCCCUUUACCUCCUUCCAACGGUUUCACUCAUCUUCUAACAUGUGUUGACCGUUUUACCCGUUGGCCACAAGCUGUUCCCUUACGUGAUACCUCUACCGAAUCUGUAUCCCGUGCUUUUGUCGAAUCUUGGAUUUCGCUGUUUGGUGUUCCAUCCACCAUCACUACCGACAGAGGGGCUCAGUUCAGUUCCACACUGUUCCGUGAUCUGAGUCGUUUAUUAGGCUGUACUCACAUGAGAACAACCGCGUACCACCCCGCUGCCAAUGGCCUCGUCGAGCGCUUUCAUCGACAAUUAAAAGCUGCCAUCAUGGCUACUUCGUCCGACUCACGCUGGUCUGAGCGUCUACCUGCGAUCCUCCUUGGUAUACGCAAUACAAUCAAAGAGGACAUUGGGUGCUGCCCUGCAGAACUCGUGUUCGGGACGACUCUCAGACUACCUGGGGAGAUGGUACUGGACUCUCGCACCACCGGCGAACUAGACCCCUUCUCGUACGCUGAACGCCUCAAACAGCAUUUUCGAUCCAUUCGACCAACUUCUACGCGGCCUAACCUACGUAAACAGCAAGUCCACCCCGAUUUGCACAAGUGUCCGUUUGUUUUCAUCCGCGUCGACGCCGUCCGAAGACCUUUAACUCCGCCCUACGACGGCCCGUACCAGGUCUUGUCACGGAAACCCAAGUAUUUCGUAUUGAAUAAGAAUGGAUCAAAAGAAUCCGUGAGCAUCGACCGACUCAAGCCAGC